CCUUGUUUUGCUAAUAACUCUAUUUCUCUGGUUACAUCAUUCAAAACAAAUGUUGGUGAGUGAAGGGAGGGGUUAGUUUAGUUAGAGGGGCGUUUCGAUGACAGCUAUAUAAGAUGCCCACUUUGCCUUAGAGAAAGAAUGAAGAGAGAGAAAGAAAGAAAAGACAGAGGGAUACUUUUUUUAUUGCUGAUUCAGGGCCAGAAAAGAGUUUGUUUGUUUAGUAUAACAUUUCUCAUCUGCAGUCCGAAUUUGAAUGCAAGUAUGGCUGUGAUUGUAGGGUUGCUGUUCUUUCUGUCUGUAGGGCUGAGUAAGCAGGCGGUAGAUGGCUGCACCUGUGAACCAGGACAUCCACAAAAGCUGUUCUGCAAUUCUGACAUAGUCAUGCAUGCUGAGAUAACUGGAGAGAAGAUCAUACCUAAUGAUGAAAAUAUACCUGGCAUGGGAACAAUCCAGUAUGAAUUAAAAGUUAUCAAGGUGUUUAAGGGUUUUGACAGAAUGAAUGACAUUAAAUAUGUCAACACACAUGAAAUGUCUUCGUUGUGCGGGACCAGACUGAACCACGGACAGUAUCUGCUUUCAGGAGAAUACAUCAGGCCUGACGGGUUCGUCAUUACACUGUGUAACUUUGUUGAGCAUUGGGACAAACUCUCCUCAAUGCUAAAAUAUAACCUUCAGUAUAUAUAUAGGAUGGGCUGUGAAUGCAAGAUUUCCAACCACUCUGACUGGCCCAUUCACAGCAAAACUAAAGAUGGGUGUAUACUGACUGACUGGAAACAAUUAUGGCCACCUGAGGAUGGAGAGCAGGCUCAUGAAUAUGCCUGUAUCAAACACAAAAAUGGUUCCUGUAACUGGUAUAAAGGAAUGUCAAACCAUAAAGACACAAUGGACAUAUGAAGACCACCACAGUUUCUAAUUACAAAAGAAGAUAAAGUUGAUUGAUGCCGUGCUUCCGGUCUAGCCUGCUCUGUAGAAUUCCGCUAGAAUUGCAUCAGUUUGAUCUGUCAGAGUAAUUAUGUUUUUGCUGGAUUUUUAGAAUGCUUAGAUUUAUUGGUACUUCAGCUUCUGAUGCAUUCAAUUUAAAGUGUUCUUUCUUCUAUAAGUACAUAUGUUUUAGGGUGCAAAACCUCCCAUAGUUGUUGCAAUUCAUAUAUUUUAAAUCAAAAAGUAUCUGCUGUCUCCAUGCAGAUAUGAAGAUAACAUUUUUGUAUUUCAAAUUAAAUGUUUUUCCCUGCUUUGUAUUCGAUGGAAAAUGUAUGUCAGCAAAUUUUUAGGCAGAUGCUAUUUGCACCCUGGUGCAAAUAAUGAUAUAUGCUAUUUACACCCCAGUGCAAAUAGUGGCAGAUAUUAUUUGCACCCUUGUGCAAAUAGUGUCAGAUACUAUUUGUACCAAUAUUUAAAUACUAAAUAGUGUGGGCAUCACUGCAGUGUGUUUAUUGUUUUUAUUUAGAGUCCCACAGACACACUACAUUAACCUCUACCGCUAAGCCUAAACUUAACCUUACCUUAGAAAAAAUAACCUUGGUUUUACUACAGUAACCAUGGUUUCACCAUGGCAUUAUUUGUAAAUUUACAGUAACCACAAAAUUAACCAUUUUUACUAUAAUACCACCAAAUUACUGUACUAACACCAUGGUUAAUUGUAUUAAAACUUUGGUUUCUGGCAAAAAACAUGGUUACUACAAUAUCAGUAAUACAGUGAUGCAAUCUACACACAAGAAAUGCCAAGCCGCGGGAAUGAGUGUGAUCGACAGAACUCGCCUCCGGGUCAAACCCUUCUCUGCACUCACUGACAUUCACCGUGACCAAAUCACUGUGAUGAUUCAUUUUUAUCUAUUAUUUGAAGCAGUAUUAAAGGAAAUAUUAAGAGUGAAAACAGGAAAUCAGAUGUGAAAAAGAAUGGGACAAACAGUGGUUUCGAACCGCAGUCGCCAGGACAACACUACACAUACAUACACCGUCUUUACACCCCACGCUGCUGCAGCAACAUCGAUUUAGUUUGUUGUAUAUUUCUGUGGUUCCACCAGACUACUGGGGUGCAAAUAGACACUCCAAUUUUUUCUUUUCUUUUUUUA